GCACGCUUUCCCCUCACGGGGAGCCGAGCGGCGGGGCCGGCGGAGCGGGGCCAUGGCGGAGCCGGGCUGCAGGGCUCAGUUCCAGGCGGCCGUGCGCGUUAUCCAGGGGCUGCCGCGGAGCGGUUCGUACCGGCCUUCCUACGAGGAGAUGCUGCGCUUCUACAGCUACUACAAGCAGGCGACGGCGGGCCGCUGCCAGGAGCCCCGGCCCGGCUUCUGGGACCCCAUCGGGCGCUACAAGUGGGACGCGUGGCACAGCCUGGGCAGGAUGAGCAGGGAGGAGGCCAUGGCCGCGUACGUGGCCGAGAUGAAGAAGGUGGCCCAGAAGGUAACGGCGGCCGCGGGGCUCCGGGCGGUGCCGCCCGCCCUCGGCUCGGCCCACAGCGCCGCUCUGCCGCCGCCGCAGAUCAUCGCCACGCUGCGCCCGGAUGAGGCGACGCAGGAGAUGUUCCGCUACUUCGAGCCGCUCUACGAGGUGAUCCGCGACAUGCCGCGGCCCCCCGAGGGCUUCUUCCGACGGCCGGGCGAUGAGCAGGAGCAGCCAGCUGAGCACAGCCAGGAGGAGCGAGUGAGCAGCCCGGCCCCAGGGCGGCCGGAGGAUGCACUGCCCAAGGAGCAGCAGGAUGGGCAGCAGACGCCAGGAGCAGGGCUGGCUCCUGCUGCCGACACGCGCCAGGGCAGCCAGGGCACCAGCGACUCCGAGGGGGAAGUGUUCUGCGAUACCAUGGAGCAGAUGGAGCCUGAGCAGGCUGGGCAGCUGCUGGCUGAGCGGGGGCUGGUCCCAAAGAGCGCCCCGGCCGGGCGCGUGGCUGGGCGGGCGGCGCGGGGUGAAGGCAGAAGACGGGAGGGGAGCGGCGGUGCCGACCUCGCAGCCCGGGGCUCUGACAGAGGUCCGCAGCUCACCGGGGCAGAGGAGGAUGCGGGGAACCCCGCAGAGCCCACCGCCGCGGAGCAGCAGCUGCUGCCGGAGCUGGACGCCCACGUGGCUGGCACCGUGCGGGCCCUGCAGGACGACAUGCAGCGCGUGCUGGAGCGGCUGAGCGAGCUGGAACUGCUCACCUCCACGCAGGACACAUCUGGGGCCGAUCCCGGAGAGCUGCUCGCUGUGCAGGCGGAGUCCCCGUGGCCGCUACCCGCGUCCCCGCACACCCUGCUGUUCCUCGUGGCCUGGCCCUUCGUCACCCAGUGGCUGCUGCGGCGCUGGCGGGGCAGGAAGAGGUGACGCGUCCCCAUCGCGGCCUCCCGGCGCCCCGCGCAGCCGCCGCCGCUCCCGGUUCUGCUUCUCCCGCACCGCGAAGGCCGCGCCGCCGUCGGCUCGGGGCGGAGCAGCCGCGGGGUCCCGGGUGCCGCUCGGGGCGGGGGGACCCGGAGGGGCACAGACGGCAGGGAGUCAGGGCGCUGCCAGGCGGGGCUCAGCCCGGCCCCCCCUGAUUAAAGUUGCCUUUUCAGUGCGGUU